AUGGCCAAUGCGGAUCUAUCGAAAGUGUCUUUCAAUCCAUCAACGUCUAUUACAUUCACUCUAGUGGAAAGAAGACAAAAAGCCAAGUUGGAGGUCAUAAAUAAUUCUAAAACAACCGUGAUGAUCAAGUUCAAAAACACUAACCCGACAGUUUUCAAGAUAACUCCACUUGAUAACUGUAAGAUAAAACCUGGCGAGAAGCAAGACUACCAGUGUAUUUUCAAAGGUGCAACAAAGGAAAUGAUGGAGAAGUCCGGAAAGCUUAUCGGACAAAGAUUCACCCUUGUGGUUACUGCAAUAUCCGCAAACGCUAAUACUGAUACGGUGAAGAAGCAGGCAUUCAAAUCAGCAAAUUUAAAACAUAAGAUUCAAAUCUUAUUUGCUGGAAUAAAUGACCAAAAAGAGAAGGAAGCUCCGCAACCGACCAACAACGAUGAUGUUGAAGACAAGGAUCGUGAAGGAAAGAUGCGAUCAAAGGGCAAGAGUGAACCCCCGAAAGUCAAAAGGGCUAACGUGGUGAUGUUUAUGAGAAAGGAAGGAGAGUCAAUUUCAGAUGAAGAUGACGACGAAGGUGGUGCAACUGCUCCAGCUGCUCAGGCUCCGAAUGAUGACAUGAUGACAACUCGUCCUGCCGGAAACUUCACUGGACAAGUCGUCUCCUCAGCUAACACAGCUGCAAACCCAAAUAGUGAAUUCCGUACUACUCGUCCUGCUGGAAACUUCACUGGUCAAGUGGCUUCUAAUGCCACUCCUGGAGCACCUGUAGAUCCAAAAAGCUCUGAACUUCGCACUACUCGUCCAGCUGGAGCUUUCAAUGGGCAAGUGACACCGAAUGCCGCUAGUGCUGCAGAUGAAAAAGACGAUUUCAAAACCACAAAAGAUGCUGGACCGUUUGAAAAUCUACAGAAAAACAACAAGAAAUAG